UGUUGGGCCUCAGUCAUGCUAACAAAUGGCAGAGAAGAGGUGAUCAAAUCCUGCGUGUCCCUCCCAGAGCUCAAUGCUCAAGUCUUCUGUCACAGCUCUAACAACAUUACAAAGACUGAAUGCUGCUUCACAGAUUUUUGUAACAAUAUUACCCUGCACCUCCCAACAGCAUCUCCAAAAUUGCUAAAACUAGGACCAGUGGAGCUGACCAUAAUUAUUACCAUACCAGUUUGCCUUUUGUCGAUAGCUGCAAUGUUGACUAUAUGUACCUGUCAAAGACGUCAAUGCACUUAUAAAAAGAAAAAGAGGCAAAAUGUGGAAGAACCACUAAAUGAAUGCAACUUAGUAAAUGCUGGCAAAACUCUUAAAGAUCUUAUUUUUGAUAUGACUACAUCUGGGUCUGGAUCUGGUUUACCUCUGUUGGUCCAGAGAACAAUUGCAAGGACAAUUGUUCUUCAGGAAAUAGUAGGAAAAGGUAGAUUUGGUGAAGUAUGGCAUGGCAGGUGGUGUGGGGAAGAUGUGGCUGUGAAAAUAUUUUCCUCACGAGAUGAAAGGUCUUGGUUUCGUGAGGCAGAAAUCUACCAAACAGUUAUGCUGCGACAUGAAAACAUCCUUGGCUUCAUUGCUGCUGAUAACAAAGAUAAUGGAACUUGGACUCAGUUGUGGCUUGUAUCCGAAUACCAUGAGCAGGGCUCUUUAUAUGACUAUUUAAAUAGAAAUACAGUAACAGUGGAUGGUAUGGUCCGAUUGGCACUUUCAGUAGCUAGUGGUCUGGCCCAUCUACAUAUGGAGAUAGUUGGAACACAAGGCAAACCUGCAAUUGCUCAUCGAGAUCUAAAAUCAAAGAAUAUUUUAGUGAAAAAAUGUGAAGCCUGUGCUAUUGCCGACUUAGGACUAGCUGUGAAGCAUGAUUCAGUACUGAACACUAUUGACAUCCCUCAAAAUCCCAGAGUGGGGACAAAGAGGUAUAUGGCUCCUGAGGUACUUGAUGAUACAAUGAAUAUGAAUAUUUUUGAAUCCUUCAAACGUGCUGACAUAUAUUCCCUUGGUCUGGUGUAUUGGGAAAUAGCACGGAGAUGUUCAGUUGGAGGAAUCACUGAAGAGUACCAAUUGCCUUUCUAUGACAUGGUGCCCUCAGAUCCCUCAAUAGAGGACAUGAGGAAAGUUGUUUGUGAACAGAAAUAUAGACCAAAUAUACCAAACCAGUGGCAAAGUUGUGAGGCACUCCGAGUAAUGGGUAGAAUAAUGAGGGAGUGUUGGUAUGCAAAUGGGGCCGCUCGCUUGACAGCUCUGCGUAUUAAGAAGACCAUUUCUCAACUUUGUGUAAAAGAAGACUCCAAAGUAUAA